CGGUGUUCGCCUGCCUGCAUUCCUGUAGACGUGACGGAGACGUCUUUUCAACCCACGUGAGCUGAGCUCCAUUGGUCCACAACGGCUGACCGCGCCCUCAACCCGGCUGAGCUACCUCGCCAACUAUUAGCAUCAAGUGUCAGGGGAGAGGCGGCCCCCGAUGCUGAGGCUGAUGAUGAGGAUGGGGAGGAGGAUGCUGCGGAGGAGAGGAAGCAUCUUUGUCUGCACGGAGCGGCUCAGGGCUUCCCUUGCUCUCGCCUUCCUCCACACAUAGAGCAGAUAAGAAAGAACGCUAUACCAGUCUGAAGAUUAACAUCACGUUUUUUUUUAAUGUAUGCUCCUUUUAUCUCAUCUUGAUACAGGAUUUUUCUUCUUUUGUGCUCUGUUUGGCCGGCCGGAAUACAAAACCCCCCAAAAACAUCGCUUGUGUGUCGGAUCGCCGGAUGAUGCACAGGCUGUUGUGUGGCUGAGAAGGCAAGGCGCUGCACCUAGGCUCAGUGCCUAGUUGACACAUGGAGAAGUGACUGGAGCCGUGCUGGAUGGAGGCCAAGACACUGGAUGGCGAAGACGAGGAAGCACACAGUCUUGUGGGUCGCUUGUGAUGUUUGUUCUCUUUCUGUCACGUGUGGAACGAUGGCACAAAGAAUCCGGAUAGACAGUCAAGGCUAAAGAAACAUUUGUGAAGAGAAUCUCGGUUUUGUUUGAGCGAGAGAGACGAGAUUGUAGGGCUCCAGUAGACGCAAAGCUACAAUUCCUUCGUGUUAUUGUGUUGGAUUGACAACCAGACCACCAUGGCCAGGUAUCAUAACAAAGCCUCCUGGUUAUUGUUCUUAGUUCAUCUGGUGCUAACAGGUAUAGCAUUGGAAUAUGAAGGUGUUCCUGGUCAGUGGACUCGUUAUGGACAAUGGGAUGCAAAAACAACAGGAGAACUCAGCUUCAUCCUCAAUACCAACAUCAGCAAAGCUCUGGUGCUCUACCUGGACGAUGGUGGCGACUGCGACUUCCUAGAGCUGCUCAUAUCAGAUGGGAGACUCCAUUUGCGCUUCGCCAUCCACUGUGCCGAGCCGGCAUCCCUGCACACGGAGACGCGCAUCGACGACCUGCGCUGGCACCGAGUUGUCCUCUCGCGGAAUUACCGAGAGACCAAGCUCACGGUGGACAAUGAAGAGAAGGCGGCGGAGGUCAAGUCCAAGAGGAAAGCGAUGGUCGUGGCCAGCGACCUCUACGUGGGCGGGAUCUCGCCUGAUGUGCGUCUCUCCGCCCUGACGUCCAGCAACGUCAAGUACGAACCGCCUUUUCAGGGCCUCAUUGCAAAUCUGAAAGUAGGGGAGGCCUUGCCUUUGCUGUUGGACGGCCAGGCUGUCCACAGCGACUUGGACUACAUAUGUGCCGCACACCCCCCCUGCAGCAAUGGAGGCCUGUGCUCUGUCAGCCAGGGAGAGGUCCUCUGUGACUGCAUCAACACCAGCUACGUGGGAAGCUACUGCCACGAAGCAGGUGUCCAGAAAGAAGUAGAAGGUCUGGCGCACCUGAUGUUAAAUCGCCAAGUUUUACGCCAAGGGCAAGGGGAGUCAUUGGCCACCUUUAAAGGAAACGAGUACUUCAGCUACAACCUGUCCCAGACGCCCAUUCAGAGCAGCUUGGAUGAGAUCACGUUGUCCUUCCGCACUCUGCAGAGGAAUGGCCUUUUGCUUCAUACAGGGAAGUCGGGUGAUUAUGUCAACCUGUCCCUGAGGGAUGGAGCUCUGUGGCUGGUCAUCAACCUGGGCUCUGGCGCCUUCGAGGCCCUUGUGGAACCCGCCAGCGGAAAGUUCAACGACGAGGUCUGGCAUGACGUCCGGGUGACCCGCAACCUCAGACAGGUGACCAUCUUGGUGGAUGGGAUACUGACCACCACAGGUUACACCCAAGAAGACUACACCAUGUUGGGCUCGGAUGACCUCUUUUAUAUUGGAGGGAGCUUGAACACAGCAGACCUGCCAGGCUCGCCAGUCAGCAACAACUUCAUGGGAUGCCUCAAAGAUGUGGUCUACAAGAAUAAUGAAUUCCGACUGGAGCUGUCACGGCUGGCUGAGCAGCGGGACCCAAAAAUAAGUAUCCAUGGCGACUUGACGUUCAGCUGCGAGAGCGUGGAGGCCCUGGAGCCGGUCACCUUUGACACGCCGUCUGCCUACCUGACACUGCCCAGGUGGAACACAAAGAAGACAGGCACCAUAUCGCUGGACUUCCGCACCACAGAGCCCAGCGGCCUGCUGCUGUUCAGCCACGGCAGCCUGCUGGGGGCGCUGCCUGAGAGCACUCCCAGGGCUGACUUCUUCGCCAUGGAGCUGAUGGAUGGCUUUCUCUACCUGGUCAUGGAUAUGGGCUCUGGCAGCAUCAAGAUGAAAGCCAGCAACAAGAGGCUGGAUGAUGGCGAGUGGUGCCACGUGGACUUCCAGAGAAAAGGGCGCAAUGGCUUUAUUUCGGUGAACAGCAAGAGCAUCCCGUUUGCUACAAACGAAGGCAGCGAGAUCCUUGACCUGGAUGGUGACAUGUAUCUCGGGGGUCUACCAGACGACCGCCAAGGCCUCAUGUUCCCUCCAGAGGUGUGGACUGCCUCCCUGGGCCUCGGCUACGUGGGCUGCGUGCGGGAUCUCUUUAUUGACGGCCAGAGCCGCAACCUCUGGAAGCUGGCUGAGGUUCAGGGCAGCACAGGUGUCAGCAGCUUGUGUACCAGGGAGACUCACGUCAGGUGUGGCCGAGACACGUGCGCUAACGGCGGCCACUGCAGGGAGGGCUGGAACCGCCAUGUUUGUGACUGUAAUGGCACCGGCUACCUGGGGCCCAACUGUGAGAAAGAUGCCACAGUGGUGAGCUACGACGGUAGCAUGUACCUGAAGGUGAUGCUGCCCAGGUCGCUGCACACAGAGGCCGAGGACGUGUCCCUGCGUUUCAUGUCCCAGAGGGCCUUUGGGCUGCUGAUGGCCACCACGUCUCAGCAGUCAGCAGACACCCUGCGCGUGGAGCUGGACGCAGGCCGACUCAAGCUGACGGUCAACUUGGAUUGUAUCAGGAUAGACUGUAAUCUCAGCAAAGGACCUGAGGUACUCCUGUUGGGCGACAAGCUGAAUGACAAUGAGUGGCACUCAGUGAAGGUGGUGCGGCGGGGGAAACAUUUGCAUCUCUCUGUGGACAAUGCCACCGCAGAAGGCUUCAUGAGUGGUGCCCACACCCGCUUGGAGUUCAACAACAUCGAGACAGGGAUCAUGACAGAGCGCCGCUUCACCUCAGUCAUCCCUUCCAACUUCAUCGGCCACCUGCAGGCCCUCUCCUUCAACGGGAUGUUCUACCUGGACCAGUGCAAAAACGGAGACAUCUCAUACUGCGAGUUGAACGCGCGAUUCGGCAUGAGGCACAUCGUAGCCAAUCCUGUGGCCUUUGUGACCCAGGCCAGCUACCUGGCAUUCUCCACCUUGCAGGCCUACGCCUCCAUGCACCUUUUCUUCCAGUUCAAGACCACUAGUCCUGAUGGCCUCAUACUGUACAACUCUGGAGAUGGCAGUGACUUCAUUGUAGUGGAGCUGGUCAAAGGGUUCAUACAUUACGUCUUUGACUUGGGAAAUGGACCGUCGCUGAUGAAGGGAAACUCCGACAAGCCACUCAAUGACAACCAGUGGCACAACGUGGUCAUUUCCCGUGACAACAACAACGUGCACACACUCAAGAUAGAUGUCCACACCGUCACCCAACAUGCCAAUGGGGCCCGCAACCUUGAUUUAAAAGGAGAGCUGUACAUUGGAGGUGUGGGGAAGAGCAUGUACAGCAGCUUGCCUCGAUUGAUAGCAUCACGGGAGGGGUACAAGGGCUGCCUGGCAUCAGUGGACUUAAACGGGAGACUCCCUGACCUGCUGGCAGAUGCCCUUCAGAAAGUGGGCGAAGUGGAUCACGGCUGUGGAGGGCCCAGCACCACCUGCACUGAGGACUCCUGCCACCAUCAGGGAGUGUGUCUGCAGCUGUGGGAGGGCUUCUCCUGUGACUGCACCAUGACGACCUAUGGGGGGCCGUUCUGCAGUGACCCGGGAACCACAUACAUCUUUGGGAAAGGAGGCGCUCUCAUCACGUUCACCUGGGCCCCCAACGAGCGGCCGAGCACCCGAGCCGACCGGCUGGCCGUGGGCUUCAGCAGCCUGCAGAGGGACGCCAUCUUGGUACGGGUGGAGAGCACCCACGGCCUUGGAGACUAUCUUCAGCUGCACAUAGAUGAAGGCAAAAUUGGCGUCAUCUUCAAUGUAGGCACAGAUGACAUCACUAUUGACGAGCCAGCUGUCAUGGUAAACGACGGCAAGUACCACGUGGUACGCUUCACACGCAGCGGGGGCAAUGCCACUCUCCAGGUGGACAACCAUCCGGUCAUUGAGCGCUACCCUCCAGGACACUUUGAUAAUGAGCGACUGGCUAUUGCUAGGCAAAGAAUCCCGUACCGACUCGGUCGGGUAGUUGACGAGUGGCUACUCGAUAAAGGGAGACAGCUGACCAUCUUUAACAGCCAAGCCGCUAUUAAAAUCGGCGGCCAGGACAAGGGUCGGCCCUUCCAGGGUCAGAUCUCCGGCCUGUACUACAACGGGCUGCAGGUGCUCAAACUGGCAGCUGAGAACGACCCCAGCGUGCAGGUGGAGGGCAACCUGCGUCUAGUGGGCGAUGCGCUCUCCGUGUUGACCACCGACACCACCUCCGCCACACCGUUGGCGGUCUCCGACAUGUCCACCACCAUCAUGGAGACCACCACCACAAUGGCGACCACCACCACCCGUAGGCAGCGGUCACCCAGCUUGAGGGAGAGCAUCUCUAAGCCUCAAAACUCAGAUGAUAUUCUGGUGGCAUCAGCCGAGUGUCCAAGUGAUGAUGAAGACCUGGAAGAGUGUGAACCAGGAACAGGAGGUGAAUUAGUGUUGCCUAUUAUAACAGUGGAUUCCCUUGAGCCCCCAUCCAUCGCCACCCGUUACCCUGUCAUCCCUCCUCCCCCUACCCUCCUAUCCCCCUUCGAAACCACCAAAGAGUCCGUGAUACUACCCCCUCACCCCUCCUGCCCCCCGGACCAGGAGGACUGUGGCGAGCCGGUGGAGGUCUCGGCCUUCGGCUCCGGGGAGAUGACGGAAUCAGAUGACGAGGACUUUUACAAUAAUAACAACUCCCCUUUGGUCACUGACAGGACAGUCCUUCCGCCACCUCCUGCCGCAGGCGAGGGCGGCGUACAGAAACCCCGCCCCUUACCCCCUUAUGUUCCCACCACCAACCCUGACCAGCUCCACAUCCCCGCAGGCAAAAUGAACACCCGUGACCAGGUGCUUCUGCCCCCUGCUCCCCCAUCCUCCCGAAACACACCGGGACUAACUUACCCCCCCAAUUUUCCCCAUGUGCCCACAGCCGACCCCACAGCCUCCGACGAAAAGAGCCAACCGGGCGCCGUGGAGGUGAUCAGGGAGUCGAGUAGCACCACGGGGAUGGUGGUUGGUAUCGUGGCUGCUGCUGCUCUCUGCAUUCUAAUCCUCCUCUAUGCCAUGUACAAGUACCGCAACCGGGACGAGGGCUCCUACCCAGCAGACCAGAGCCACAAUUUUGCCAACAAUUUUGCGGUGGAAGGCAACGGCACGGUGGUCAAAGACAAAAGCACAGCAACGGCCUCUGUGGCCAAGGCAAUCACAAAGGGCAAAAAGAACAAGGACAAAGAAUAUUACGUAUGAAUAGGCGGGCGAGGACUGAGAGGAUAAGAGGGUACUCCACUUUCAACUCACUUGUAUUUCUUGUUUUUUUAUUCUGGUUGACCAUCAAAGACAUUUCACAGGUCACUUAAGGCAACCGUGCAAUGUAGGCUGCAGCUAACACUAACAUUUCCCUCACAGCUCCAAUAAUGCUCUCAUUCGGCAUCCACUUCUUGUUACUGCAUCAUUUUUAUGUGUUAACAAGCUAGACAGAGACAGACUGCAUAUCUAGUGUUGCUGUCUGCACUAGUAUGCAGUAGCAGAUAUGAUGCAGUGAAAGGAAGGGAGCUGGAUUUGCCUUAGUGUUUUGUAAACUGUCUUAAGUCUUAAUGUCCCCCAUUAUGAUACAGUGGCAAGUGAACACAGCCCUGUUAAAAUAGAAGAUUUCAGUGUGCAAUAAGUGGUUGCGUAAUAGAUCAGAAUGGCACAUCUGGAUUUGUCAAAAGUGCUCCGGAUCUUUUAUAUCAGUGGUUCGCAACUGUUUUGGCAGCGGGACCCACCAUCACCCUCAGUGACAAGCAGUGAUCCGAAUUGAGGACACUUUUUAAGUCAAACAUUUCAAAUAUUUUAUAUGUAAAGGGACUCGUGCUUUUUGGGGGGGGCUGCCUCGGCUGGCUGCCCAAGUGCAGAGCAGAGGCAAGAACGCAAGGUGUGUUCGGUGGGUCAUUAUAUUUGAUUUAUUUAUUCAUCUUUUGCCCAGGCAAGGCUCCAUGAGCCAGUUUUGGGUCUUGACCCACCAGUUGAGAAUCGCUGUUCUAGAUGAGGCGGGCCUGUCUUGUGCACUGCCCCUUAAGAUCAUCCUAUUGGAUUUACGCCUGUGCUUUGGCUUUCAUUUCCUUUGGAUGAUUUGGAUGUAUGCUUGGGCUCAUUGUCAUGCUGAAACGUGAAAUUCCUUUUGAGCAGUGGACAUAUAGUAAGUGCUUUCCACUCAGCUGAUUUGGUUUUGGUGGCAAUUGGCCUAAGGUCGCCGAAGAUCAAAGCUGAUCAGUAACAAGGUCAAAAAUGUAUUUGCAGCAAACCACAUUGAGUGGUAUGUCAAAUUAAAGCCCUUGAUGAGGGCUUUCCAGAUAUGCAAUCAUUUUGUUAAUAUACCCUUAUAUUGAAACAUAAUCACCAAAAACAUAUAUUAUAACUCAAAUAGCUUACCAAAAUCCACCACAAAACCACUUGAUGAUCACCAUGUAUGUACAGUAUAUUGGCUUUGGAGCUUUUUAAGUGUUAUCAUGGUUAGGAUAAAAGUCAGGGCUGCCCCUGGCCAAACUGGGGCCCAAAGCAAAAUUUUAGUUUUUUUCUCUCCUGCCUCGGGCUGACUAGGUGCUCAGUGCCUCACGGCAGCGAUGCACAUCCUUUACACAUGCAGAGAAUAGACCCCCUUGUCCCUAGUGCAUAUUCUGCGUGGUGCCAGGGGUAUCCCUGAUCUAAUGUCAGUCCAAAGUCAACUUACAUUUUGGAUAACCUAUGGUCUCCACACUUGGUGGACAUAUAGUAACUAGAUAGCUCAGCAGAUUAGUUUUGGGUUGCAAUUGACCUUAACCUUAGGGAGUUGCCUAAGGUUAACGUUUACUAGUAACUAGGUCAAAAAUGGGCCGCACAGUGGCCUAGUGGUUAGCAUGUUGGCCAACACAGUAACCAUCUGGAGAUCGGGUUUGAUUCUCCCUUGGGCAUUUCUGUGUGGAGUGUGCAUGUUCUCCCCGUGUGUGCGUGGGUUUUCUCCGGGUACUCUGGUUUCCUCCCACAUCCACAAAAAAAAACCAUGCAGGUGAGGUUAAUUGGCGACUCUAAAAUUGUCCAUAGGUAUGAAUGUGAGUGUGAAUGGUUGUUUGUCUAUAUGUGCCCUGCGAUUGGCUGGCGACCAGUCCAGGGUGUACCCCGCCUGUCGCCCGAAGUCAGCUGGGAUAGGCUCCAGCAUACCCCCGCGACCCUAAAGAGGAGAAGCGGUAUAGAAAAUGGAUGGAUGGAUAGGUCAAAAAUGUACUUACGGCAACCCACCAGACUCCAUCGUUUACCGUAGUAAACUCACUCUACUUUUUCUACAUGACAUGACCGGUAUUGUAACAGGGGUGUGUUCACUUACUAUAUCCACUGUACAUGAAGCAGAACAUGAAGCUGACUUCCUGUAGAAGAAGAGCAGAAUGCAGAAUUUGUGAACAGACUCAAAAAAAGGGAAGCCUUUUAUUAAAAAAGACAUCAUCUCUUCAGCCUCCAUGUAUGCAUAAUGCAUAAUGUGGGUUUAAAGCCCCCCACCCCACCCCCAGCCUGCCCUGCCUCUGUCCGCAAGAGAUGAUACUUGGAUGAAAAAUACAGGAUUUUUUUAAAAAGGGAAGUGAACAUGCACUCUGGCUGGUGAACCUUACACUAAGACGGAUGGAAACCAUUUAUUUGUGUGUGGUCGGUGUCGCGUUUCAUUCCAAUUAGGGGUAAAUGUGGCAGGUAUAUCUCUGUAAACAUUGCUUGUAUGUAUAUAUAGAGCCUAACACACUCAAGAAGAGUUGCGGAUGCAAAGGUAUGGAGAAGAAUCAGCAUCCGAGAUGCUUCCCCACCCCCGUUCACUCACAGCUUUCAUAAAACGAUGUGACCCACAAAUUCGGGGCUGCGUGGGAGAACAUUUUCCCAUCCUGGCUUAUCGGAAAGUGACAGUGAAGCCAGCUCACUCUCCACCUUCCUUAAAAAACUGUCAAGAGAUGAUCCAAAAGCACACAGGAAAUGUAAACAUAUCGUGGAGACAUAGAUAUUUCUUGUAAAGCAGCCAAACAUGUAUUGUUUUCUUUUCUAUCAGUGACUUAAAGACUAUUCCAUGAGAUAAAUAAUUAAUGAUGUGUGAACUGUAUUGCUAUUUCUCUGAUAUUUCGAUGUACCUUGUCACUGCUCCUCCUAACACGUUCCAUCUUAGAUUGCCUUUGACUCAAACAAAAAGCACACUCUCCUCUGAUAGCUGCAAACAUCUCGUGUCCCUGCAUUAUUCAUGGCUUCAAUUAAGCUGAGAAAACACAAGGAUGGGACAAAGAAAUGUUUUUUUUUGUUGUUUUGUUUUAUUGCAUUGUGCAUUUUAUAUGUGCUGAAUCUGUUACUCAAUGGAUCUAAUAAUAUAAAGCCAUCUCCUCUGUUGGGUUCUGUCUACACUGACUUAUUAUUCAUGCUAUGUGGUUACCUGUUACUUUUUUAUGAAAAGUGCCAUUCGACGUGAGCUGCUCUGUGCUCGGAAAAUACUCCAUUCCUCACUCAUUGCUAUUGUAUAGUGUUCAUGUGAAAUGGGUCUCAAUAUGUGUACAGAACGUGCAUAAAGAUAAAAAAUACACUUGAUGAUAUACUUUGUACACACUUGUGUUAUGUGUGCUGCUUCUUGGACAAAAUGCACUUUUUAUUGACGGUAAUGGCAU